CAGUCUGCUUCUUUUUCUUUUUUAUCCUUUUGUAUCACAUCAGCUUUUCUAUGACAAACGAUAGUCAACUUGCUUAUUUGUUAAACUUGGGGUUUGAAAUAGAACUAUGUCAACAAGCACUUGAAGAAAACGCAACGCUUGAAGACGCCACAGAGUGGAUCUUAAACCCGAGUCGUCCACCUACUCUUAUAAGACAAGAACUAACUUCUUCAAGGCCUGUGUCUUCUUCAAGCGAGUUAUCAAAGCUAGAAUGGACAGAUAAGGGUGUCACGGAUCGAGAUAUCAGACAGACCCAAAGAAAAGAAUUCAAUAAAAUAGCUAGUGAACUGAAGAAAGAACGACAGCUUGAACGAGAAGCAAGGCAAAGGGCAUUGAGAGAAAUUCAGGAAGACAAAGAGCAAAGAAAGCAAAGAACUCAUAAACAUGCUACAAACAAGAUAGAGACAAAGCCAACCCAAGUUGCUAGCAACAGCAGCAGCAGCAGCAGUAAUGAACAGCAAGCAUUCAUUCAAUUGAAAUUGACAGAUUCAUCCACGAUACGCCAAACGUUUCCUGCCCAAACAACCAUUAAAGAGCUCGUUGAUUUUGUGUCCAAGAAAGAGUCUAAUCUGAAUCAAAAUAAUGUAACACCAAGCUUGAUUUCUCUUGUCAAUGUCUUCCCAAGAAGAACGUAUACCAAUGAAGAUGGUUCGCUUAGCCUCAGAGAUGCAGGAUUCUUGCCUAAUGUAUCAUUAAAUGUACAUAUUUCGAAACAUGUUGUGGAUCCAGAAUCCGAGGAUAUAACCGCGGAAGGGGACACGGAUAAUCAAAGCCUGAAUGAAUCAAUACAAGGCAAUGACUCAAAUAGCGACAUGGUAAAACAAAAGGAUAAAGUUUUUGUUUGAUUCACUGUUAUUGUAGGAUCCAAUGGAAGUGGACGAUACUGCUGCAAUGGAUCCCCAUCGCCCACCUGCAAACAAUGCCAGUCGUAAUUGGGCAAGACGCGGUAUUGGGCAUCGAUUAAUAGAUCCACCUUUUGAAGCAGAAAC